AUGGUCAUCAUCAGCGUGGGCAUCAGCACGGGCAUCAGCACGGGCAUCAGCACGGACAUCAGCACGGGCAUCAGCGUGGGCAUCAGCGUGGACAUCAGCACGGACAUCAGCACGGACAUCAGCACGGACAUCAGCACGGGCAUCAGCACGGGCAUCAGCGUGGGCAUCAGCACGGACACCAGCACGGACACCAGCACGGACACCAGCACGGACACCAGCACGGGCAUCAGCACGGGCAUCAGCGUGGACAUCAGCAUGGACACCAGCACGGACAUCAGCACGGACACCAGCAUGGACACCAGCACGGACAUCAGCACGGACAUCAGCACGGGCAUCAGCGUGGGCAUCAGCAUGGGCAUCAGCACGGACAUCAUCAGCGUGGGCAUCAGCACAGACAUCAGCACGGGCAUCAGCACGGACAUCAGCAUCAGCACGGACAUCAGCACGGGUAUCAGCGUGGGCAUCAGCACGGACAUCAGUGUGGGCAUCAGCACGGGCAAGAAUAGUGUCCUAUCUUGA